AUGCCUCUCGUUGUUCCAGGAAUCAACUCCUCAAUGGGCGAUAAGCCUGAGUGGCUCAACAAGCUUAUGGGAAAGACGAUUAGCGACACCAGUAAUGAGACAUCCUUUGCGAAGAAAGACCUUCCUGAAUCUCACCGGAUAUUGAAGCCGGGUGACAUGAAGACCAUGGAUCAUAAUCCCAACAGUGAUGAUGGGACUGUCCAUGAUGUGAACUACGGUUAA